AUGGCGGGAGAUGUGAGGCAGCCCUCCCCGAUGUUAUGGCUUCAUCCCGUGCACCUUCGCUCCGCCAGCGAUCCGAAGCCACUCCGCUUGCAAUCCGAUCCUUCCGGUGAUUCGCCGCUACGUGGAGAGUUACUGGGUCGACUGUUGGAUCGCAUCGCGGAAAGCGACCUCGCGUCGCCAAGGUCUUCGGACACUCGUGAUUGUCCGGUGACGCUCAACAGAGGGCAGCUGCAGGUCAAGAGCGACUUACUUGAUGAGCCUUUGUUCUGCAUCUCCCUGAUGUUGGCGGAUGUGGCGUCCGCUCCGACUAACGAUCUGGAAACUGCACAGGGUGACCUCGCUUUGCAAGUGAUCGCAGUGGCGCCACGAGCCCCCGAAGCCGAGUUGGAUUCAUCUUGGGCAGGUGCCGAUGAAGCCUGGAUCUUGUGCUCAGCGGCCUCUGAUGCCCUGGUGCAGCUCUCAAUGCAGGGCGCUGUGCGAUGGGAUUGGAAGGACACCUUCUCGACGCGUCAUGUGCUGGGCACCGGAAGCUGUGGCAAGGUAUUUGCGGCGGCGCCGAAGUCAGAACUGUCGCUGCCCGAGAGGCUGCGUGGCCAGGAUGGCUGUGCGGUGAAGGUCUUGUCGGCGCGCAUUGAUCAGGCAUCACUCAGGAGUGAAGUUCUUUCCUUGGCAAUGGCGGCAGGUCACCCAAACAUCUGUGGCUUUGCAGGUGUUUUUUGUGAGGUCGUUGAAAGCGAUCCAUCGAGUGAUGGCUCUCCCAAGUCCGGCGAAGGAUCAGAGGCCGCCACGCCGGAAGAGUCCAAGCAUGGUGGACCCUUGUCUUGGCGAAUAGUGCUCGAGCUGCUGCCUGGAGGAGAUCUCUUUGACUCCGUGUCCGACCAUGGGGUCCUCCAAGAGGCUGAAGCCAUGGAGAUGCUCCUAGGCCUUCUAUCAGCUCUGGCCCACCUCCAUAGUCUUCGACUUGUCCAUCGGGACGUGAAAGCGGAGAAUGUACUCUUCGGGCGCAGCAGGCGACCCGUCCUGGCCGAUUUCGGCAUUUCUUGCUCCGUAGAUGAUGCAGCGCAAAUGCAAUGUCGGGUUGGAUCUCCGGGCUACGUGGCACCAGAAGUGGUCAUGAAUCUGAAGUACGACGAAAAGGUCGAUGUCUUCGGUGUUGGCGCUGUCAUGUAUUUUGCCAUCGACGGACAGAUGGUUUUCCGCGGCUCAUCCUUGACUCAGGUGUUGCGGCGAACCGGCCGCUGCAAGAUCUCUUACGCCACGGAGCCAUUCGGCGCUCUGUCCAGGGGCCUUCUGCACUUAUUGCAGUCGCUCCUGGCAAAGAGUCCUGGACAGCGACCCACUGCACGCACUGCCUUCUCCACAGCGUGGGUUCUCUCGCCGCAGCAGGUUCGCAAUGGCGACAUUGCCAAGGCGUCCAUUGCAGCUUUGGCUUCAAAGACCACUGCGGCGUUGGAAGCGCCCCCCAGUGCAGCCCGGAAAGGUGCACCGCAGCUCCUCGCAUCUGGCUCCAUGAACGCCAGCACUCAGACUCACAGGACCACAAAUGCUAACAACUCCGAAAGCUUCGUGCCGAAUGCCUCCUUGCCGCCUUCCUCGAGUUCUUUCCAAAGAUCCGAGUCCUUCGGCCCUGCACAGGAAACAAAGGAGAACAACCUACCGAGUUUGCCUCGACUGAAGCAGACACCGGAACAGGUGCCAGUAACUAUGGACUGUCCGCGACGAGUUUCAUUCCAAACUCGGAAGACCCAGAGCAUGGGCGGCCAAAGCGGGCCCGAGGCUCCUGCUUCCAAGUCCGUCUGGAAAGCGGUGAUGGGGCUGCCAGCGCGGCUCUUCAGAUCUUCGGCAAAGGUGAAGCCCGUGGAGGACUUCCAUGGCAUUUCCCCGGGACCGUCGCAGGCAACCGACACGGCUGCGCAAGCACCGGCGCGGACAUCUCGAGCCAGACGUUUUCGAUUGUUUGGAUGA